AAACAGAGCAAAUAGUCAAUUUACUAAUUCCAUCGUGGUAUCGGGUUACAAAAUAUGCCUUACAAUUAAACAUCUUCGGUUAUUUCAUUGAGGCACGCUGCUCUCUAUGAAUCUCUCAGAGCGGCUCUUUUAAGUAUCUUCCAGUAUUCUUCUUCACUCUAGAAUCCGACCCAACAGCGCGCCCCUUGAGCUAUUCGGAUUAGCAAGCAUCUUGUCAGACAAUACCUGCACGACCAUCUACAUCUAUUUCCUUCGGCUACUUGUAUGAGAUAUACCACUUCUUUAAAAUCCACCUCAAACCAAGGAGUCUCGUGACCCACGUGUCGGCUCAGGCUCUGUGUGGCCGUGAGAGGCAGAACAUUGUCCGCGCUCGUCUGGGGCGAGUAAGACGAGCGGCACCACAAUUUAGAAGUCAUGGACACCAAAGAUUUUGAUGUGAUUCGCAUUGCGAGAAGCGAUGGAGCAGACACCGGGCCAGGGUAUUGGCCGGUGACAACACCAGCGCCGGCCGCCAACGCUGCGAAGAAGUCGGGCAAGGAAGCAGCUGUCGCAGACAAGACGCCACGAACAAAACCACAGAUGACGAGAUUGGCCGAAGAUGACCCAAGAUUUGUAGAGUGGCGGAUAAAGCUGGGUAUUCUAUUGAAACAGGAGCUGUCUCCCAACCCAGACGAGGGAAACCCGUGGUAUGUGAAUUUCCCACGAGGGUACUGGUUAUACGAGAAAUCCAAGCAUCUUUGGGUUUCUGGAUACCCUACCAAGUCAAAGCUAUUCAAAAGCCCACAAGAAUUCGGCGUUCACUUGAUAUGGCUGCUCUCGGCAUCCAAGGACUAUGGCGAUUGCUGCUGUGUUCAUUGUAACGUACCUGCUCCUGUGAAGGCUUCAUAUGCGCCCGAAGAACCAGUGGCCCAAGCUAUCGGCCAAAGUUUAACUCACGCCUCUAUCCCCGUCCCGGCUCAUUCUCCGAUUCCACCUCCUAUUCAAGCCCCAGCCGAACAGUCCUCAGCAAAGGCCGAGAAAUCUGAGAGGCCGAUCAAAGUGACACCCGUUCCGCUACCCCCAAUGCCUGGUCAAUCAUCUUACAGACCGCCAAAUAUUACGCCUCAUCCACAAGGAGCACAGCAGCCUCUACAGCCGGCACAGCCAAAGCCCAUCCAGCAGACUCCCGUACCCCUACCCACGCCUAUUCAGCCGCGCGAGCCGAUCCAGCCCACUCAAACACCCCAGAUCUUACAACAGACGCCAUCCCAGCCACCUCCCAUAGCUGCCACCAAUCCUUCGACUCCAGUGCCUGUUCCUGCAGCUGCAGCGCCCACACCGCUUCAGCAGCAGACGGCCCAGCAGACGGCCCAGCAGCAGAUGGUUCAGCAGCAGACGAUUCAGCAACAGGCAGCUCUGCAACCAAAACCACAGGCUAUCCAAUGGUCAUUAAAGGGCUCAUUGCUUUUCCGAGCUGGAGAGCUGGUAUGGUAUCAGACGGGCAAUACAUGGCGCCUUGGGAUUAUUGCCACCCCCCCUAACGUCACCCCUAAUGGGAUGGUAUUCGAUUUACUUCCCUUAGGCCACGCCACGGUGCCUCAAGCUAAUGUCUCAAAGGCUGAGGCCGACUUGCGACCCUUCUACUGCUAUAGCGUCCCCUCUGUUGACAUUGCAGAGCUCAAAGACAAGAUAUUUGAUGAGGUGCCUUGGGAAAACAUGUUUCAAUCUGCCGGGAAUAAUUCUGUCCGUCGAGAUCUUCUGAAUCUAGAUGCCUCCAAAAUGGCCGCGUCGAAAGUCGACUUCUCUCAUUCCCUCUGGACUCGUCGUGGUGACGAUCCCACCGGCAAGGCCGUAUCAUAUUUCGGAUGUUUCUUCGGUGCCGAGCGCCUCGAAAUCGGCGACACCGUGCGGGUGAAAAUGGCAGGGGCAGAGGCCAACUCCAGCCCGACAACUGUGAUGGGUUUGCUGCACAUCUUCACCAGCGCCGACUAUCCUGGCUCAAUCUUCUUCCGCGGACCAAUCUACCAGCUGGCCAAGGGGCCCGGCGUCGCUGGCACCGUCAUUGACGAUGAGAAGGAUAAGCUCCCGCUCGCCAUGCAAGACGAGAUUCGAUGGCGGACCCAGGUCACGCGCAGCCGGCAAUGGUGCUGGGUUCUCGUCAAGGAUAACGUGGUUUUUAAGGAACAGUCUAUCAGAGGUCGCUUUUACCCGACGCAUCGGCUGAUGCCCAUUUACAACCUGAAUGAGUUUAGGGGCCUGGUGGCGGGGCAGCAGCCGUUGAGAGAUCAGCAUAUAUACUUGAACAACCGUAUGGAUGGUGCUGGAGGAAGGCAUAUUGGACGGAAGGCGAAUCGGCUUGACACGCUGGGGCCUUGCGUGCCGCCUACAGCGAGGUUGGUGCUUGAGCCACAUAUCAUAGAGGAGUAGGUGCACUUGAUUUAUUUGUUUGGUAAACCUUGUAUAUUGUUGAGGUUUGAAAGCGGCGACAAGGAAGAUGGCGAGAAGGAUUACAUCAUGUGAAGCAGUAUUGGAUGGAAUACAUAGCAGGAUUCAUAUAAUAGCAGUAGUGAUAAUUGGUAUAAUGCACACAACAUGACAUUACUUCUCUAGACAACAGCAACAAAG